AUGGCUGCGCCUGCGCCGGCCCCCACAGAAGAGGAGAAGCUGGCUAAGGGAUCCUCAGACCUCAGGUUCCUCCUCACAAGCCACGGAGUUGCUAGUGCUACCCAGGCAGAACUGUACCACAACGGCAUCAAUAGCCUGGCUAAGUUUGCAGCUUUCGUUUCGGGGGAGGCCGACCUGAAGACCGUCCUGAAGGAUAGUUUUGGACUAGACCCGGCUGUUAGCCUGGCCAACCGGGCGCAAGCAGCUAGCAUGGUAGUGGCCUGGAACACCGCAGCUACCAGGGUGAAGAACCAAGCAGAGGUGGAGGCCACCCAUGAGACUCUCCAGCUAGCGAAGCCGAUAGCCCAAUCGGACUAUAUCGCCAUGAGGAAUGCGUACUCCUCCCAGUUCGGAGAGCUAGAAGACAAACAUAUUCCUGCUAAGGAAUACAUCGAGAAGAAGCUGUACGAACUGGAAACGGGGGAGUUCCGCGCCGAGCCCCUGACAGAGGUCGUCAGUCGGGAUGAGGUGGACCCCGACGUGCUAGUCACCACUUGGAAUGCCAAGGGCCAGCUAUCCGUGAAGAAGGGAGGGUCCACCACCUCUAUGCCCACGGGGCCCGAGCAGCUACGGCUACGGCUUACGGUGCUUCAGAAUGCGCUUAUCAUGAUUAAGCGAAAACACCCCGGCCGGGCCGAGCUAAAAGACGUCCAGAUGACGCUCUUCGAGAAGUACAAGGAGUACUUGCUGGGGGACUACUGCUAUGGUCUCCGGGCCGGGGGUGAUGCCGGUGGUAUGAUCCCGCCGUGGACGCUGGUGCUGAGCUACGAGCAUGCUAUCCGAAAGCAUGCUUACAAGCUCAUGGCUAACCACGGCCUGCCUUUUGGCGAGGCCCUCGUCAAGAGCUACAAGGAGCCCUCUGUGAAGGAGCGCCACUUCACGACUCCGCUAGCCCUCUAUGGCAAGAGGCCGAACGUGCCAGGGAGCCCAGCUAUCGCUACAGAGGACCCCAACAAGACGAAGAACCCCCCUAAAGGAGGUGGUCGAGGGGGAAAGGGCGAUAAAGGGGACAAAGGCGCGGGGCUACCUAGCCGCACCCCCGAGGGCAAGCCAAUCUGCUUCAAGUACCAGGCUAAGGGCGGUUGCAAGAAGGGCCAGAAGUGCAAGUUUGCCCACGUGCCGGACCGGGGGCCGGCUAUGUCCCCCGGAAAUGCAGCGGAACCGGGACCUGCUCCGCCUGCUAGACACAUCAAGGUCCUCUACCUCUUUGCAGGGCUACCACGGGACGGAGACAUGACGAACCACAUCAAGCGAGAAGCGAAGCGUAAGGGCUACGCGGCUACAGUCACCUGCGUAGACAUCGGGCGCUCUCCGCAGAUGGACUUUUCGAGGCCUGGGCUACGCGAGCAGUUCCUGCAGCGGCUACGGGCCGAGGAGUUUGAUGCGGUCCUGCUGUCGCCUCCCUGCUCCACAUUCUCCAGAGCGGUGUGGGCUAACUUCAAGGGGCCACGCCCAGUGAGAAGCUAUACCCACCCGCGAGGGUACCAGAAGCUCUGGGGCAAGCAGAAAGAGAAGGCUGUGCUCGGCACCAUCUUCGCGGACUUCGCUUGGGAUGUUGCUACGGUAGUGGCAGAGGGAGCGACCAAGUUCCUCGCGUUUGAGCAGCCGGAGGACCUAGGCAAGCUACAGAAGGGCCCCUACCGAGGAAGGUCCGCCGGUCUUCGGACCCGCGGGGGACUACGAAGGGCCGCUCAGGGGCCAGCGCGUGGGAGCCAUGGCUACGCGGAACAAUGCGGGUACCUGGAGCAGUGGCCCUCAGCUAUGUGCGCGUGGCUAGCGGACCUCCUGGUGACCACGUGUGUGCCUGCUUCGACUGCCGUUGGAGAGGGGACGGAGCACACGGCUACACAAGAGGCGACUCCCGACGAUUCUCUAAAAGAACCAGAUGGACGUCGGCUACUCGGAGGAAGAGGUCCCCCUAGGACGUGCAGACAGCUAGGGGUGAAUAAGCCUUUCCAUGAUGGGGGAGGGCUAUGCUCACCCGGGCGCUGGAGGCAGGGCGACAGGAGCUACGCCGAGGGCGCCGACUGGGAGGACCUCCGCGAUAAGAUGAGAGAUCUGGCUAUCCGCAAGCUCAGCUCGGAGUGGGAGCUAGAGAGGGAAGCGUUCAGGAUGGUGGCAGGAGAUGGAGUGGGCAUCCGCCUGGCUACCAACGAGUCCUUCCUGGGGGAGCUGCGGGAGCUCUGGGCCUCCUGGCUAGAGAAGAGAGGGAUCGUGGACCCGAAGAUCCUGGAGGUGGCCUCGGGGCAGCCGCUAUAUCUGCGCCUGAUACGCGCGCUACUCGAGGCGGCGGAGGACCCGGACAGGGAGUUCCUGCUGGAAGCCGAGACUGGCCUCCCAGAACCUGCGCUAAGUUGGGUACCCAAUUACGGCUCCCUUGCGGAUCACCGUGAGUUCGUCAGAGCUAAGUUCGAGGAGGACGUCCAAGAGGGCCUCAUGGAAAAGAUGUCGCUAAGGGAGUUCAAGCAGAGGUAUGGGGAGCAUAGGGCUAUCGCAGCCUUGGCGGUCAUCGUGGAGGACGAAGCUACCGGGAAGAAGCGGGUGAUCCACGAUGCUACCCAUGGGGUCAGGGUGAACCACAGGAUCAGGUGCCGUGACAAGCUACGGGCGCCUGGGGCCCGGGAAAAGAAGUGCUUGCUGCUAGAGCUCCAGGAGAAGGACCUCAAGGCCUUCUCCGUGGUGGGCGAUAUCGCUAAAGCACAUCGGCGGUAUCUCCACCGGGAAGAUGAGCACGGCUACCUGGGGUGCCAAGUGGACACGGAGGAGGCUACCCCCGGCGACCCGGACUCCCAGAUAGUGUAUGUCAACAAGGUCGGCACCUUCGGGCUAUCCUGCGCCAGCUACUGGUGGACUAGGAUCGCAGCGUGUGGACUCAGAGCCACCCACCACCUGCUAGGGGCGUCCUACCCUGUCGACAUGCUCCUGUAUGCGGACGACCUGGAGACGCUAGGCACCGGAGCACGAGGCCGACAGGGGAUCCCGUUGAGCUACACCUACCUGGCGGCCAUGGGCUACCCCUUCAAGUGGCCAAAGACGCGGGGUGGCUUCAAGGUGGAGUGGCUAGGGAUGGAGACUGACUAUGUGGGCUACCGGCUGGGGCUCUCACCGAAGAGAGCAAGCUGGCUAGUGGACUGGCUAAGGAACCUCGCGAAGGAGGGUAGGGCCGAGGCGAAGCCCAUGUCCCAAGGCCUAGGGCGGCUAGGCUUCGCAGCCAUUGCACUGGACUGGGAGCGUCCCUUCCUGGGGCCCUUGCAUGCCUGGUCGGCCAUCCAGGACAAGAGAGGCUACUUGACCCUUCCAGUAAUGCUGCGGACCCUUUGCCACUGGCGAGCCGACCGUAUGGAAGGAGGGGGACGCCUACAGAGGCCGCUACCCAUGAUAGCGAAAAACGAUCCCUGGAGCUUCUUCACGGAUGCUAAGGCCGACGAGGGACGUGGUGCCGGGGGGCACACACCCUGGUUCUCGCUAGAAGUGGAGCCGAGCUGGGCCCCCUGGGCCUUCGAGAAAGGGGACCCCAAGAAAGUCAUCGCAGCGCUAGAAUUGCUAGCGACCCUGGUGGCUGUGAAGCUAUGGGUUCCCGAAGGAGGGGAAAGGAAGGCUUCUCGAGUGGCCCUCCGAGGCUACACGGACAACAAGUCCAAUGAGGCCUUGCUAAAGAAGUCCAUUGACCACGAACUAGCAGAGGAACUUGCGGCCCGGAACUGCGAGCUAGACCUGCAGUGGAUCCGCAGAGACCUCAAUCAGCUAGCGGAUGAUCUGACCAACGAGGAGUUCAAGCACUUUGCAACAGAUUUCCGGAUCCCCGUGAAGGGGGAGAAGCUAGAGUGGCGCAUCCUGGGGCUUCUCCUUGGGCACGCAGGAAGCUACUACAAGGAGCUAAGUGUGCGGAAAAGGGAGAGGCCGACCCCGGUUCAGGGGCGGAGAAAGAGGCCCAGGAGGCUAGACCCAUGGUAA